AGACAAUUGACAAGGUCAGUGCUAAAUUGCUCAAUGGAAAUGUAUUCACGUGUUGCUAGGUGAGGUGCCAGACUAUACGUUUGUGAAUUCGAAAUCAUCAUGAAUAAGUCGUCUGUCCUCUUAGUAUCAUCUGUUUUUGCCGUGUCUGCAUGCACACUAUUUUACCUCUCUAAGCUGUUGAGAAAACCGCAUGUUAAGAAAGACUUAGCGAAGACAGCGCCCCAUUCCACUAUAGGCGAUACAUAUUUGAAGAAAGUUAAUGAAUUUGACAAAGAAAACUUAUCACUUGAGUUUGCUAACUGCAUCUGUUCAUUGGUUAAAGUCUCUGACUAUGAUACACGGCAGCAGCUCAUCAUGUAUCUGCAUCAAGCUUCAUCAUUCUGUCAAAAUUUCUUCCAGAGUGUUAUUAGGGAUUCUAAGUGCUUGGAAACUCUCCUUUCACUACUGGAUUCUUCAACAAGUAUGGCACCAGCAUGUAGGCAAAACUUGAGUAUCCUCCAGGUGACAACAAACCUGGCAUGUGAUCAACGAAGUCUCCCUGUAAUAAUGGACUACUUAGACGAUAUUUUCUCCAUAGCUGAUACAAAAGAAUAUAGUGAUCAAGCAUGCGCUGCUCUACAGGUACUGGCUAAUAUCGCCCUCACUCCAGCUGGAUGCAAUUUGCUAAUUAAUGAUUGUGGUCGUUUAUGCAAAAUGCUUGGAAUGCGCGAUCCCUACCUACUGAGAAACUUGCUGGCAGUUUUAGUGAAUUUGUCAUGCGAUGUCAACGGUUGCGAUAAACUACUUGCACAGAAUGGGGAAGAUUUCGUACGAACUCUGGAGUAUUCAUUAUCGUCAGAUGUCCCCUUAUUAAUAUCCAUGAAAAUGACGACUUUUCUCAACAACUUGUACUCAAGAAUUAUGAAAGAUCAGGACAAGUAUUGGAAUAAAUCGGAGUCUGCAAUUAUUACAAAGACUAUUGCUAUCUCACUAAAGGAGAAUCAUAAUCUCAUUCAAUCAUGGAUUCUAUGCCUACUACCGUUAUCUGAAGAUUCCAACGAAUUCAAUGCUCACUUACAAAAACUUUUGUCUAUUUUGACUGAUAUUAAAACUUCCAAUGUGUAGAAUUCAGUUCUUUCCUAUUCUCUUCUCUUCUCUUCUAUUCUUUUCUAUUUCUAUUGUGUUCUGUUCUGUUUUGUCCCCCAUAGUCUUGUAAUUUAUGCGUGCAAAUAAAAGAGGGGGAAAAGAAAGUGUAUUAUAUAUACAUAUUACUUUUACUACAAUGACAACAACAAUGUUAUAUUUAUUUCUGUACAUUCAUAUUUUCUUUCAAAUAAAAG